CCUCUGAGACAAGUUGGACGAUGAAGCACCUACUAGUUUUUGCCAUUGUCUUUGCUGUGUUCUACAUUGGCCAUUCGGCAAUACCAGACUUUUGUCAACUGGAGGAGGAUGAAGGUGUCGGAAGCAGCUUCAUCAUUGCAUUGCACUACAGUUUCACGGAAAACAGGUGCGAUCCCUUCAUAUACAAAGGCUCAGGGGGCAAUGCCAAUCGUUUUCUAAGGGAACAAGACUGCAUGAGGAACUGCUCGGCCAGUGUAGACAGAUACUACCCCACAGACGCUACGACGAUUUGUCUCUUGACGAAGAGUGGCGGUGGAUGUAGCGGCCGAUUUCUGAGAUACUACUAUGAUUCUGUUCAUGACAAAUGCAAAAAAUUCUUAUGGACCGGGUGCCAUGGAAACGGAAAUCGAUUUUUUGACCAUGACAGCUGCAAUGCCACCUGUGCUGGUGUCCAUGAUGACCGUGAGGAAGAAGAGGAGGAAGAGCCAGACACCCCGAUUGCAAUCAUCUGUGGGGUUUUGCUUGCUGUCAUCAUUAUUUCCAUCUUCACUACGGUCAUCGUCCUGACUGUCCAGUCAAAGAAGAAACAGAAGACCACAGCAAAAAGUAAAGAUGGACAGCCGGAUGCUCCUCUGAGGGGCCAGAGUCUAGAAAUGGCAUAACCCUUUACAUCUGCUUUACCAAGUUGUUGUUUUUACCCUUAAGCCAAUUUACAUUUAUUAUACUUAAACAAUUUGAACAGUUUUUUUUAUACCAUAUUUUUCGGACUAAAAGGCGCACUUCAAAUCCUUUAAUUUGCUCAAAACUUGACAGUGCACCUUAUAACCCGGUGCGCCUAAUGUACGAAAUCAUUUUAGUUGUGCUUACCAACCUCAAAGCUAUUUCGACUCAAGAAAACAGCACUAAAAUUGUAUAUAUUCCAUUAAAAAUUAUACAUCAUUGCACACAACGCUCAAAAAUCCAUAAAAAUGUUUUAGUACGACUUUGGUAAGCUAUGAAGUCGUACCGCUUGAUGGAUUGUACUGUGCUUCAACAUAAAAGUGUUCUCAUGGUGUGUGUAUAAGGUAAGAGGUAUCUGGCGUUUUGUUUUGCAGUAUUAUGCAAAAGCAACUUUUCUGACCUUCUUGUACCUGCUGACCGGCAUUUGGGAUCUGCGUAAGUCCUGUUUUGCGCGCGUCUGCCUUUGCAGUCUAUGUUGACGCCGUAGUCGAUAAGCAUCUUUUUUUUCCUCUAUCUUCUUGUUAUGGGACAUUCAUCCUCCGCUGUUGCCAUUUCUAAUAUAAAGUAGUGUAAAGUUCUUACUUAUAUCUGUCCGUAAACUCGCCAUGAAAGCGCUAAAACAUACCGGUGUAGUGAGUUUUAUUAUUCACCUAAGGAACUUUAAUUAUUAGAGAGUUCCGACGGACGUUUUUUUACGAGACACAUUGUUGUUGCACAAGUGAGUCACGGAUGAGGAGAUGCUGUUCCGUUAUUGAUUUAAGUAAAGUCUGAAUGUCAUUAAAACAGGUAGCUCCAUCUUUUGACACUUCUUCAACUCCCGUCCUUGCACGCUACACCACAACAACAAAGAUGACGGAGAGAAGGCGCUGCCGAAGGUGAGCCACGUAAAUAAGACCGCCUACAAAACGGUGCAUCCUGAAGCGUCUGUCAGAAAGCGGCUUGAAAAUGAUCUGUAAAACAUAAUCCAUGCAACAUUUUGACCAAAGAACCACCAUUACAUAUUAUGUAGACCACAAGGAAGUGUUUUCAAUUUACAAAAAAUGAAAAUAAUAAUAUGACCUUUUUAAUGCGCCUUAUAAUCCGGUGUGCCUUUUGUAUGAAAAUAGACCUGACCAGACCCACUCAUCGGCAGUGUGCCUUAUAACCUGCUGCACCCUAUGGUCCGGAAAAUACGGUACAUUAGUAUAAAAGUCAUCAAAAUCUUUUAACAUGGGUUUUGGGAGCUCGUGGGUUAGAGGUAUGCUUUUGCAUUAAUUUAAUAGACAGGCCAUGUAAAAUUGAAUGUAUCCAAUUUUAAUGAAAUAACAUAUACAUGCAGUCUGUGAACUCUGAAUUAGUGUGUGUGCAGUAAUACACAUUUUUAUGCAUAAGUUUUUUAUUUUUAGAUUUUUUUUUCUUUGGGGGCGGUGCUGGUGGAAAAAUAUGCUUGUGAAUAAAUAUUAAAAUGUG